GUCGGCCCAUGGAAGAGAACCCAAUUCCCCCCGGCCCUCUGGCCGCUACCUGAAGAUAUUAACUACACGGGAUAAUCGAUCGCCAAUCACCAUCAUCAAAGAACACAUCAAGGAAGAAAGAAGGAAUCGCAGGCGAGAAAUCAGAAGCAAAAGAUGGGCGCGUUCGUGAAGCUCGUGGAUUUCCUGCUGUUCUUGGUCUUCCUUCUGAUCGCGCUGGCGGCGCCGCUGCUCGACGCGCAGACUUGUCUCCCUCGCUCCUAUUUCCCGGAUGCGCUGAUCAAUUUAAAGGAGUGGUACGGCCAGGAGUACGGCGAUUACCUCGUCUCCGAGAAGCCUCAUUUCUUCGUCGGCACGGUCUGGCUCGAGCUCGUCUUCCAAUGGCCGCUCGCCCUCCUCAACAUCUACGCCAUUCUGUGUGGCAAGCCCUGGUUCAACACCUCUUGCUUGAUCUAUGGUGUUUCCAUCAUUUCCACCAUGGUGCCUCUGCUAUCAGAAAUGAUCAUGUCUGGGAGAGCAUCCGAUAAGCUGCUGAUGCUGUACUCUCCUUUCCUGGGCGUCGGUGUAGUAGCCAUGCUUCGAGGCUUUGUGCCACAAUCUGCGAAGGGUGGCUCCGGAAUCGGGAAGAGACCUGCUUUUGGUAGGAAAAAGAGGGUUUGAGGAAAGAUGUCAUCAACCCAUUUUUGUAGUGUUGCCCUAUUUUUUCCAUGAUUUCACUGACGAUGAGGUUCAACAUUUUCUCUCUUUUCUUUCUUGGACUACUUUGUGAGGAAUGAGUUCUCUAGUUUGACCAUAUGGUAGGAUAAUUUUUUUCGUUCUUAUGAGUUUUGGAGCUUCUUUGGGUUGUUGGUGCAUCAGUUAUCACUUAACCAGAGUUAUUGUUAUCGUUUCUGACGCCCAUCUGUUGCAUCGGUUCAGAGUAGUUCCUACCUUCCUUUUGUCCUCCUUAAUGUAAGUAACAUGGGUUUCUAAAUGGAAAGGAAAGGCUCAAUCUUUUAUCUGGUAAUCGAUCCUGAGAAGUGAGAACAGAAGCACAGAAUAUAUAGGGCAUCAAAUAACAUGAUAAGAGGUAACACAAGAACGAGCGAGAGCAGGACUCGGUAGUGCUGGCAAUUUGUACUCAGAACAGUGAAAACUAAAUUUUUAUGAUUAGAAAUUGGAAGGUAAACUACAGAGAGAGAGAGAGACAGAGAACUAAAACAGGAUUCUCUAGAAACAGCAAAUGAAUCAAAUUAAUCUUCUCCUUCAUCAUGUCUUCUUUGGAAGUCAAUUCCCGAACCUCUAAUCCUCAUCAAUCGCUCAUGGGAACUUUUGCCAAUUGGGGUUAGUCCAGGAGAGGAGACCAUGACUGACUCCCUCGCCUUCUCUUGCAUUAGCAGAACUUACCAUGAACAAGUUAUAAAGGAUCAUGUAAGGU